AUGCUGGCGAAAUUGCUGCUCAUCUGUAAGCUCUUCGGUCCUAUCUUCGGCCAGAUAUUCGUCAGCUUAAGAGAGGCGGUUGCCACCCGGUUACACCGACUCACUUACCGCGCUGUGGAGAAUCCGCGCAACGUUGUCGUUAUUGGCGCUUCUUUCGCUGGAUAUCACGCGGCUAAAUGUCUUGCUAGCUCGCUUCCAACUGGGUAUCGGGUUGUUAUUAUCGAGAAGAAUACGCAUUUCCAGUUGACUUGGGUUUUGCCGCGUUUUAGCGUGGUGAAUGGCCACGAAUAUAAGGCUUUCAUUCCAUAUGGGCCUUACCUUGAUCGGGCUCCCAAAGGUUCUUAUCAAUGGGUUCGUGAUAGUGUUGAGCGUAUUGUCCCUGGUGAGAAUGGACACACUGGAAAGGUAGAGCUUGCGUCUGGUGAGGAGGUGGAAUUCGAUUACUUGGUGCUUGCGACUGGGGCGUCGGGAGCACUUCCAUCGCGAGUGCCAGCCGGGACCAAACAGGAAGGGAUAGAACAGUUACUGGCUGAGCAGGAGAGGCUCCAAGCUGCGACGGAUGUGAUCAUCGUUGGUGGUGGAGCUGCGGGUAUUGAGCUCGUGGCAGAUGUGAAGUCACGAUAUCCCGAGAAAAAUGUCACGUUAGUUCAUUCCAGGAAGACAUUACUGGGUCGAUUUGGUGGUCGAAUCGGAGAAAAGGCAUUACAAGCUCUUGAGGAGCUAGGGGUGGUGACUAUCAUGGGUGAAAGGGUGCUCAGCGACAGUGCAGAGGAGGGUAAUGUCAAGUUGAGCUCCGGCGAAACUCUCGCAUGUGAUUACCUGGUGAAAUGUGUUGGCCAGCAUCCCAACUCGGAGUUAAUACAGGCGCUGUCACCCGAAUCGAUCUCUGAGACAGGUCAUGUAAAAGUUCGCCCUACACUUCAAAUAUCAGACAUGUCGCUCAACCAUAUCUAUGCCGCCGGGGAUGUCGUAGAUAUGGACAAUAUCAAGAAUGGUCGAGCAGCAGUACAGCAGGCGCAGUCUGUCGCACACAAUAUCGUGCGCUCCAUCAGGUCGCAGAAUCAGCUAGAGUAUCGCCCGCAGUGGUGGGAGGGAAUGACGAAACUACACGUAGGACUAGGGAAAGCCUUGAUUUGGAUGGGCGAUGGUUCGGCCGAAAUAAUCAUGUCUGUGAAGUGCCGAGCGGAGGAGUUGGACAGCGCAAAGGUGUGGAAGUUUUUCGGGGUGAAGCCAUACGCGGAUGUGGGAUAUGAGCUGAGAAGGGAUGAAAUAUAA